AUGUUCAAACGCGUCGAGAAACGAAGGAGAAAAAAAGAGGAAGAAGAAGCUCUCGGACUGGACGAGGAGAUGAAACAGGUUCUUGGAAUGCACGAUACAGAUUCUGAAGAGUCUUCCUCAGACGACGACUCGGAUUCUUCUGGGGAUGAGUCUAUGGGCGGUGGUUUUGGAGGGUCUGAUGGCGAGGGAGAUAUGGAAUUGGAUGAUGAAGGGUUCAUGGACGAAGGCGAGGAGGACGACGAAGAGGGAGAAGGAUUGUACGACGACGCUGAACAUUCCGAAAACGAAGACCCUGCAUCUCCCCAAUUCGACCUCAAACUUUCCAUUUCCAAAGCGCUCGAAGACCCCAUCUUUUAUGACCCCGAAGACCCACUCGUCAGGCUAUGCGUAGCCCAUGAACGUCGCUUCAAGCAGUUUUCGAAGCGUGUUAAAGAUGAGAAGCCGGACCUUGAGGACGAUGUGUUCUCGUUCCUGGUAAAGUCACUGGAGGAGAAGCCACCUACAUUAGUGGCUGGCGCCACUGACGAAGAGAGCUUGGGCAAGUCAAACCGGGCUUUGAAGAGGGAGAAAGCAAAAGCUCUACGGAAAGCCAAACGCGAGAAGGCUAAGGAACGCGCGCGGCAAAAGAAAGCCAACGCUGCUGGAGACGACAAAACCAAGCCUUCAAAACCCACCUCUGAUUCGCCUGCGAAAUCCUCUUCGAAGGAGAAGAAGGAAAUGCAAGAGGAGAAAGGAGGCAAGGCGGGCAAGGAGAAGAAGGAGAAGAAGGAGAAGAGGACCAAGACGAAGGACGCGCCGCCUGAAGCACCUCCCACUCCCGAAUCGUCAAGACCGAAGAAGAAACGUCGGGUAGAGAAGGAGGAGGAGGACUCGAAGUCAGUAUCCAAAAAGACGGCCAAACCGUCGGACAGUGCCAAACCCAAGAAAUCAGAACCAGAAGAACCGGCCUCGGAUUCCUCUGAACAAAUUUCGAAAGAAGUUGCAGCUCUCCUCGCUGAAUCGUCUGCCCUCCUCAGUGAGGUUCACAAAACUAUCAACCCGCCUAUUGGACCAUCCCCUUCGCCCGCUGUGACGGUUAAAAGCAUCGCCAAAAGCGCUACGGAACGAGCGCGGAGUGCGCGUUCCAAAGCCAUGAAAGCAGCAACGGCUGGAGCGAAGGGUGACUCUAAGCGAGUGAAGAAAAUCCGGGGUUGA